CCGAGCCAGAGCCCGUUACUGCGGAGCGGAUAGAGAGAGAGAGAGAGAGAGAGAGGGAGGACAACAAACGCAUUUAAACCGAAUUACCGUCCAAGCGCUCAGACAAGCCAUCCUUUACUGGGCCAUGAUGGGGAGGUUGUGUGAGUUGCUGCUUGUGUCCCUUCUUAUAAUGUGUCUCCUGAAUACUGAGGUAACGUGGGCUAAAAAAGGUGGUAGUUUUGGCGGCAGGAAAACCUCCAACAACAGAGGAACACAGUCAAAGCCGUCCAGCUCCCAGCCAGGAAACUACCCUCGACAGCCACAGAGCCCCAAUCGAAACACCAAUCCAUAUCCGGCCGGUGGAAGUUACCCCUACCCGGGAACAGGCACUAAUCAAGGAGGAUAUCCCAGACAGAACCAGCCAAAUUACCCAGGAGCUGGUAGUAACCCAAACCAGUAUCCUGGUAGAGCCAAUCCUGGAGGUUAUCCAAACCAGAACCCAGCUGCUGGAGGUUAUCCAAACCAGAACCCAGCUGCUGGAGGGUAUCCUAAUCAAUACCCUGGGAGAGGGAAUUAUCCAAAUCAAAAUCCACCUGCUGGAGGCUAUCCAGCAGGUGGCUACCCCAACCAGAACCCCGCCAGAGGUGGAGGUUAUCCUAACCAGUACCCUGCUGCAGGAGGUUAUCCUAACCAGUACCCUGCUGCAGGAGGUUAUCCUAACCAGUAUCCAGCGGGGGGCUACCCAGCAAGGAGUCCAGGCGGCUACCCAAACCAGUAUCCAGGAGCAGGUGGUUACCCAGUCAGAACAGGAAAUACAGGACAGGGUUGGGGCGGGAAUCCAGGUGGUUACCCUGGUGGUUACCCCGGUGGGUACCCUGGCGGUUACCCCGGCGGAGCAGUGGGUGGUUACCCCAACUGGAACCCAGGUAAUAAGAUCCUCAGUCCCCGCUUUGGCGGAGGAGGCUAUGGAUACGGUGGUUAUGGGAUGGGAGGGUCUCCUUUCUCUCACUCUGUGCAGAAAAUGGGAUACCAGCCCAAGUCCACAGGGUUUGCCAAAAAAGCCGUGAUGGCAGCAGGUGUUGGCGCGUUGGCUGGAAUGGCGGUUGGAUACGGACUGGGGCGCUUCCCUCGACCGCACUUCAAUUUCCGCAACCCUGAAGAAGAGUACUACUACAACAACUACAUGUACCGCCGCUAUGGCACCCAGUCGACGGAUCAGAAGGACUAUGGCCGUGAUUACGUCUACAAGCCUCCCCCACGGGCAGAGUCCUAUGACGACUUCAUGGCUCGCUGUAUGAACAGGACGGACCUUCUGAAAGAUAAGGGCAGCAGCUCUUCCACUCCCAAUAGCGGAGCCGAUGAGGGGAAUGAUGACACCGUGAGCAUCGAGGAGAUUGGAUACCCAGCCCUGAUUGACCAAGUGAAGUCCCGGCGCUGCGUCGAGGAGUACAUGGUCAUCUCUGAGAAAUAUCUGCAGGAACGAACUGCUGAGCAACAAAUGGAUCCAAGAAACGGCAGCCCUCUGAGCUAUGGAGUGAUUCAGUUAUUCACUUCCUUCCUCAUGCUGUUGUCCAGCAUGCUCCUGCUGCAGUGAGGAAGAAAACAGGCCUACAUUUGCCACUCCCCAAAUGGCUUUUUAUUGUCUCCAUUAUGCCUGCACGUCCACAGUCAGCUAAUGUAUAUUAUCUCUAUAAGGCAAACUAUAGCUGUAUACUUUCAGGCAAUACAGUCGUUUAAUAGCACUGCAGAAAACUAGCAAAAGGUAAGAAAAUGUUACUAUGUAGACACGGUGGUAUUAACUAAAGGAAUCGGGAUAAAAUUUUGCAGCUGGACCAUCAGUUUUUGUUGUUCUUCUUUAACUAUUUUUAUCUUAAAAUACUUUUGCACUCCUGUUAAUUUGCACUUUUUAAUUCCAGAUGAUCGAGCACUGAACGCGUAGAAAACAGAUUCAGGGGGAUGAUGAUGACGAUGAUGUAUUUUAGGGAACAAAACUGGAGAUAAUUAGCCGUUCUUUGAAAAGGACCACUCACAGGGAAGUUUAGUCCGCAGUGCUGCUUGCCAGCAUUUUGCCCACUGUUAUAAUGGAUCUGUUAUAUUAUGAGGAGCCAUCUGUAGGGAAUGAAUGGGUUUAAUGUCUGGCUCUGUAUUGUUUCAUAAUGGCCAAGACAAGUUCACUUAGUGCUCAUUUAGGACACUGGGCACAUUUUGAUAUAAACAGUUGCCCCUAAUAUGGUUUGCAUGUUGCAGGACGAUGAUAAAAGAGUCUUAAGUCACACUUCCUUGAUUUUUCCAAAGGUUUUAAACAUCUUUUUUUAUUGUUAUUAAAAGAAAAUGAAAGGGUAACAUUCCAAGAGGCUGAUCCAUAGAGGAAAAAAGGGGGCACUUAUGUAGUAUGAGAAACAAAAUGAACUAAAAAGCUGUUUCUCAGUACAUAGAUUCAGUUUUCCCAGUGUUUGACCGCUUGAGAUUCUAAAGGGUUCCUCCAUUCCUGUAGAAAAACCUGAGUCCUUCUAAAGUCACGACUUCAGAAAUGAUUGAGUUGCAGUUUGAAAUAGUUGGAAAGUCAUCUCUGACCCACUUUACCAUGACCACUUCCCUUGUGCUGGCAUUCAAAUUAGCUUCUUUAUUUGUACAAGAGGGAAUCAUUUCCAAGCAGCUAUAAAAGUUUAUUUACUGACACCUGUUGAUGUAUUUCUUUACUGAUGUUUUUGUCCUCCAGAUUAUAUGAAUGUUUAGUAUUUACGUCAGUUUGACAUUUGGGAGAAUCUGGUGACGUUCCUGUUUUAUGCUUCUUCUAAGUGUAUGGUUAGUUGAGCCGUAUAGAACCACGAUGUUCUUAACAACCAUGUAAAUUUGUCCAGGUUCAGACUAAAUAUCUAAUAUUGUACUAGGUGUUUGUGCUCUCUAUGAUACAGAAAGAACUUUACUAACACAUGAGAGUCAUUUGUACAUUCCAUUGAGUUUCGUAUACGCAUUAUGUCUGAAUUGUAAUCAGUUGAGGAAACCUUUAUCCCAAAUUCUCCACCUUUUAAGAGAUUAUUGAUUCUGUUUAUGUCCAAUCCUUGCCCUUACUGAACCAAACUGGACAAUGGAACUGAGUUUUUUUCCUUCAGUACACCACAAUAAACACUAUUGAAGAAUAGCUCUACUUCUUCUCAGAUAUGUGGUUCUUGCACAUUAUUCGUGGCUCUGUGUGAAAUCCUGGAUUGCAUGUAAUAUCCACUGACAGAAGGAAGAAAUCUUUCAACAUUGGUACUUAGAAGAGCAGCAAAUGAAAGCCAUUAGUGGUGUUGCUGUCUUGCCAGCAGCUGUUGCGUAUAAUAAGUAGUUGAAGAUACUGACUGAUGCUUUUAAUCAGUGCAAUUGUUGGUUCGUGACAAUUCACCACUUUAUUGCUGAAUUCUCACAUCCAAACUCUUGUUUUUUGUUUUUUUUUUUUGUAUUUUUGAGUCAUACUCGCCCCUUAAUGUCUUAUGUGUCAUCAGUUGGACAACACUGACUGUGGCACUGGAAGCAAAGGCUGAAUAAUGCCUGGUUACAGUGGAAAUGACUGAGUGUGGUCCUUCACUCGUGUACUUAAAUGACCCUCAUGUUUCCAGGCGUGCUCUAAGUUUCCAGAGACGCAAGUUUUCCUCGAGCUAGUCGGUACACGUCUUCUUAUAAUCAUCUGCAUCUGCCAAGAGAACAGUGAGAAAGUCAGAUAUGGUUGGGUCUGUAAAUACCUCAGUUUGUUUUUCAUUAAACUGGCUGUCAUGGUGCAUGUCUCUGGUAAUGGCAACACUAGUCUUGGUUUAAGAGUUUUAACUCUCAGUAGGUUUUAUUUUUUGGCUGCUGUGUAUCAUUAAUGGAUACUUAGUUUGCUUCUACUAUUCCAGCUGGGAUUUUUAAGCAAAAAAUAUUUUUAUUUUUUUCUUUUGCUCUGAGUUCCGUAAAGCAUUCUGUGUUUUGAAAUCUAAAUUCAGCUUGCAGGCUGUCAGUGAAGCCAUUUUUAAAGGAUUCCAAACUUAAAAAGCACCCUUGUAUGCAUCCUUUUACAUGUAUACUGUUUCUAUCCAGCAAGUCUUUUACAUUUCUCCUUCAUUCCCUCCAGUUGAUUAGUUUUUGUGCUCCACUCCACAUCCUCUCCUGGUCAUUUUUAUUGAUUCUGGCAACACAAUUUAAGUUGAUCUAAAAUUACAGAUUAAUUUUCUCAUCCUGUCUAGCUGUAGAAUAUCUGUAAAGUGCACUUACUUCCCUUCAGGACUGGAUAUUCUGUACCUGUGCUGUCGAGCUCACAUUGCCAGUGUAGAUGUCUGAGUGAAUCUCACAUCUCUCACAUUGUAAAUACUUUGUGUUACUCAUCAGAUAAUAUGACUAACAUGGUUUAAUAUGGUUUCUCAUGAAUGUUGAUGUGUCAAAUAAAAUAAUUUGGAAAUGGCUUCUCAGUGUAAACUGGA